AUGGGCUCGUGUUUCAGUUCGGAAAAGGCAAGUGACGGAGAAGAACGGAAGAGGAGCCAGAUGAUCGAUAAAACGCUCUAUGAAGAUGCCAGGAAAUUACGGAGGGAAUGCAAAAUCUUACUUCUCGGCUCCGGCGAAAGCGGAAAGUCGACCAUCGUCAAGCAGAUGAAAAUUAUCCAUCACAAAGGCUUCUCGCCCGAAGAAUGCGCUUUAUAUCGCCCUACCAUCUACAAGAAUCUGCUGGAGUGUGCCAAAUCGCUCAUCGGUGCUUAUCGCCAGUUCGACGUUGAGCCCGCCAGUACAAAGGUCCAAGGGUUUGUCGACUUUCUGUGGGACUACAACGUGGAUCCGGACCCGCAAAAACCGCUCGAUCCCAGGGUGGGAGAAGCCGCAACAUAUCUCUGGAAUGACCCAUGUACGUCAACGGUGUUGGAACGCCAGAAUGAGUUCUACCUGAUGGACUCGGCACCAUAUUUCUUCGAGGAAGCAAAACGAAUAGCGUCCGCGGACUAUUUGCCCAAUCAGGAUGAUAUACUACGUGCAAGAACCAAGACAACCGGCAUCUACGACACACGAUUCGAGAUGGGCCAAUUAAAAAUCCACAUGUUCGAUGUUGGAGGACAGCGGAGCGAACGCAAAAAGUGGAUUCACUGUUUUGAAAAUGUCACCUCCAUUAUCUUCUGUGUCGCAUUGAGCGAGUACGAUCAGGUUUUGUUGGAAGAAGCCCAUCAAAAUCGGAUGAUAGAGUCCCUGAUCUUAUUCGAUUCUGUCGUAAACUCGCGGUGGUUCUUGCGAACAAGUAUCAUCCUCUUCCUGAACAAAGUGGAUCUCUUCCAGAAGAAGCUUCCCCGAUCACCACUAAGCAACUACUUUCCUGAUUAUUCCGGGGGCGACGACUACAAUCGAGCCGCUAAAUAUAUUCUUUGGAGAUUCAACCAAGUCAAUCGCGCGCAUCUCAAGCUUUAUCCCCACUUAACACAAGCGACCGACACGACAAAUAUUCGAUUAGUCUUUGUUGCCGUGAAGGAGACGAUUCUACAAAAUGCCCUAAAAGAUUCUGGAAUUUUGUAG